AUGACUUCGUACAUCGCAAAUUACCUGUAUCUGGACGGCACAAUUGUGCAAGAGGAGGUCAUUGGAGUGGGCGGUGCGGGCAUUGUCGUCAAUCGAGAAGGAUACGCCCUCAACAUCCCUCGGAUAUCCAAGGUGUUUGAAAUCGACGGAGUGCCAGUUGACGAUAGAAUAUUGAACGCUGAUGCAGGCGACUCCUACGACGAGCUCGCCGUCGCCAUCAAGUCUUUUCGGCAUGAUAAGGCUAUAUACAAGAGGCUGGGCGACCAUCCUGGGAUCAUACCCUGUUAUAACGUCGACUCGGAAGAUCCAAAUGCCCUUGAUGGUUGGCGACCUUCGCAAGUAUUUGGUCGAUGUCCGGCCGACAAGGGCGCGCCAGCUCUCCUGGUUACUUCAAUUAGCGUGUGUUAUGGCCUAUGCACAUUCUAA